ACACCACCCAGUGAGGGUAUUUAAAGGCUGUGCUCCCAUCCCUGAACAUCCUGGUACCAGGUACUGCUACUGAGACGCACUUCACUGCUAACAACCCAAAGAACGAUGGCCUCAGUUCAUUACUUGGCUUUGCUCCUCUCUCUGAGCUGCGUACUCUGGAACGGAGCCGAUGCUGCAUGUGAUUGUUCAUGCCCGACUGGUUGGUCUCAGUAUGGAAAGCGGUGUUUCCUCUUCCAGAAUACUCAGAAGGACUGGGCUUCUGCUGAGCGUACCUGCAAUGAUUUUGGUGCAAAUCUGGCCUCCAUCCAUGACAAUAAUGAGCACGACUUCCUAAAGAAACUGGUCAAAACUGAGACAGGGUCGUUCCAGAGAACCUGGGUCGGAGGCCACGAUGCUGAGAAGGAGGGUGUGUGGCUGUGGAGUGACGGGUCAAAGUUCGAUUACAACAAGUGGAGCAGCGGACAACCAGACAACACUGGUUCAAAUGAACACUGCUUGGCGAUCAACUAUGAAGAUCCUACUUAUUUAUGGAAUGAUGCACCAUGCACCUUCAAAUAUGUCUCCAUCUGUGCCAAAAACGCCUAACUCCUCCCUCCUUUUCCUGAGAAACCCAACAUGACCAUGUGACCUUCUCUGAUGUCACUUCCUCCAGGAUGUCAGGCCUCGAUGGCGUCUCUGCUGGAAGAUACAAGGAUAAAAUCUAAUUUCAAAUAAAUCUAUAGCAUGAAA